AUGUCAGACCACGACGAACCUCACCACUUCCUCCACCCUCCACCAAUGAGACACCGCCCUACUACGUCAGACACCUGCGGAGAGAUAGUGGAGGUUGAAGGAGGUCACAUUAUCCGCUCCACGGGGACGAAAGACCGGCACAGCAGAGUCUGCACGGCUAAAGGGCCACGUGACAGGCGCGUGAGACUAUCUGCUCACACUGCGAUUCAGUUCUACGAUGUUCAAGACCGUCUCGGUUUCGACCGACCAAGCAAAGCCGUUGAUUGGCUCAUCAAAAAGGCUCAGACUUCCAUCGACGAACUCGCUCAGCUUCCUCCGUGGAACCCCGCCGACGCUAUCCGCAACGCCGCCGUUAAAGUUAAAACAAGAAGAACCGCCGCCAAAACCAAAAUCUCUCCGUCGCCGCCACCGCCGCAACGGCUUCAGCAGCAGCACGUCUCUGCUUCCGAGCCUGUUCUGUUCUACGGACAGAGCAGUCCGUUUGGUUACGACGGCACGUGGACGGGUGGUUGGGAGCAACAGUCAGUUCAGAGACUUGUGGCUUGGAACAGCGGAGGAGCAACCGAUGCUGGAAACGGAGGAGGAGGAGGGUAUCUUGCUCCGACGUCGUAUCAGUCACUACUUGGCCAAAGUCAGCUUCUUUAUUCUCAGAGGGGUCCCCUUCAGUCCAGUUACACUCCCAUGAUCCGUGCUUGGUUUGAUUAUCCGCCGGUUCACCAAUACGAAUUCUCUUCCGGUUUUGGCGUACCAGCACGGUUUCAGGGACAAGAGGAGGAGCAGCACGACGGUUUCACCAACAAACCGUCCCCUGCUUCCUCUAUUUCUCGCCGUUGA